AUGUUCAGCAACAUGAUACUCACUUCACUGGUCAUGUUAAUGCCUGUGGUAACAAAUUCUUUCGUGAUAAAUUACAAGGCAUUUCCAUUAAACAUUGGUGUAUAUGAUUAUCAUCGAAAUAUCGGCAUACCACUGGCUGAGAAGAUACAGAAGCAUGAAAGUGAAAUCAGCAUGCAGCGGAUUACUGGCGGAUUAAUGACAGAAAUCGAUGACGUGCCUUAUCAGGCAGGUCUCAUCAUCUCAGUCCUCAACAAUCUUUCUAUCUGUGGUGGCUCCAUAAUUUCCGCCACUACAGUCCUCACGGCUGCCCACUGCUAUGCUGACGGCAGUGCAACAGCUGAAGCCAUACUGGUUGUCCUGGGCUCCAACCAACUGUUUUUUGGAGGCACAAGAAUAGAUGCAGUAGACGUGGUAGCGCAUGCUGGAUUCAAUCCCGUAACGGCAGAAAAUGAUAUCGCCGUUAUACGAGUGCCAAGUGUCGUAUUUUCUUCGCAGAUCCAACCGGUUGCCCUUCCUUCGGGCGAAGUAAAUAUGGAUUUCACUGGAUACCAGGCACUCGCCUCCGGCUACGGGAUGACAAGCGACGAUGAGGACAUAGAGUUACUCCAAACUGUUAGUUCAGUGACAGUUCCUGUGAUCAGUAACACAGAAUGUGCAGAAGUAUACGGAGGUUUCAUCCUAAGCCAGCACAUCUGCACGAGCGGUGUGGGUGCCAAGGGUACAUGUGGUGGAGACUCUGGGGGCCCGUUGGUAGUAGACCUCGACUCCAGGACCGUUUUGAUUGGCAUAACGUCUUUCGGAGCCGAGUUCUGCACGUUAUCAUAUGCGUCCGCCUAUGUCCGAGUAACCGAGUUCUUGGAUUGGAUAUCAACACAGAUUACACAGAUAUAA